ACUACAUUCACUCGACGGUUACAAUGUCGCGUCUAUCGCGCGCAAAUCUCAAGGCCAGGGAGUCUGUUUUCGCCAGCGGACCAGAGAUAUACAAAGGCGAAAUACAAGCAGUAUGUCCGCCUAAUCUAGCCGAAUGCGUCGCGGCCAUGGAGGACUGCUGUGAAGAGGCAUACGAAGCACAGAUACUCCUCAGAAAUGGGACUCAUGACUACCCGCGAAUGGCAAAUGUUCUUCGGAAUGAGAGAGUCUUUCUCCUUAUCGAUGAAAGCACAGUCAAGAAGUAUAAAUCCGACUUGAUAGACGAAGUUGAACCUGCGAUACACGAACUCAUAGAGCGAGCGGAACAAGGCCUCAAAUCUCUCCAGCGAAAGCAGGCUCAGCUUCAAACGAAGGUACAAGUCGCAAAAACAGCAACUUCUCGACCCGCUUCAGGCACAAUGGCGCAGCAUAAGCUUGAGCAACGACGGUUACAUAUGCUCACGAAGCAACGUGAACAGUUGGAGGAGGAAUGUGCGGCCCUGGAGGCGGAAGUGAAAGCAUUGGAAUCUAAAUCACGACAGUGACUCUCCAACCACCAACAUCAAAACACGCGUCCUUCACCCGUAGCGUCGCCAAACCAUCUGCCAUUAUUUCUGCAAGACAUUCAUAUCCUACAUCGCUUGCAAUUCUCCUAUCAACACCGCGUCGGCAAUUUCUCCCGCUUCAAGUCUCUGAGGUCCAUCAGACUUCC